UCAGUGAUUCGUUAGUUUGGAACGCAAACGGUAGAAACAGUUUUUCUUUAUUUAUUUUUUUGGUGAAAGAUUUACAGCUUUUUCUGUUAAAAACAUAAUCAACCAGGCCUCCGUCAAACAAAAGUCAAGCGUAAUGAUGAAGGCUGAUCCCUGGGUUGGCACCUGGAGGCCCCACAAGCCAAGAGGUCCUAUAGCUGCCCUCUAUGGUAGCCCGGGGCCCAAGUAUGCACUGCCUGGACUCACAGGUGUGUCUCAGCACGACCCUACCAAAUGCAAAGCCCCAAUGUUCAGCUUUGGGAUGCGUCGUAAGGAGGUCAAUAAUAACGUUUCCCCUGGGCCAAGAUACCUGAUUCCCACCAACAUGACCAGAGAGGGCCUGAGCAGCAUGCCUUCAUUUUCACUCCACAGCCGUCCAAAGGAGCCCAAGUUCUUCGAGCCUCCUGGACCAGGUCAAUAUUCCCCAGAGCACUCAGCAAAGUGGAUCUACCGCGCUGCGCCUGCUUAUUCACUGUUAGCCAGGCACAAGGAAUUAGGUGGCAACAAAACACCAGGUCCUGCAACCUAUUCCCUGCCUCCCAUGAUAGGGAACACUGCGGUUGCAUCUUCUGCUCCCUGCUUCUCAUUACGUGGCCGCAACAAAAUCGGAACCUUCUAUGAUGACCAAAGCAAGACUCCUGGUCCUGCUGCCUAUAAAGUUGUGGACCCCAGUAUUUAUGGGCAGAAGCCUCCUCAAUUCAGCAUGACAGGCCGCAACUUCACUCCCGGUGAAACCACAGCGAAACCAGGACCAGGAGCAUACAACCCUGAGCAAGUAAACCUCACAAAAACCAAAGCCCCGAGCUUUACCUUUGGAUUGCGUCAUUCUGAGUACAUCCUACCAGCUCCUGGGAAUGUUAUGGAAUAGUGUCCUCUGUCAUCUCUUAAUUUAACUGGAAAUGACCACAGAAGUUUUUCAAUAAAGCAUAAAAUACAAACUGCUCAGCGCAA